AUGUUCGAGGACAUUAGUAACAGCGGUGACGGAGGUCUCUACUCACAGCAACUCCGCAACAACGCCUUCCAGGGCAAGGUGACCAUGCUCGAUCCCUGGACUGUCCACUAUGGCUCGGCUAGCAUUUCUCAUGACGCCGACACCCCAUUGACCAGCGCCAUCACUUCGUUCCUGAAGAUCACUGUCCCUCCCGGAUCUGGUGGCUUCACUGGCGUCGCGAACCCUGGGUACCGCGGUAUCAUCGUCGAUGGUGGCUACUACAACAGCACCUUCUGGCUUCGUGGCUACUUCCAAGGCGAUGUCAAGAUCCGACUCCUGGGCAAUGAGACUGAUGUUGAAUACGGCUGGGCCAUCAUCCCUGUGGACUCUAAGGCCGAUUCCUGGACUCGAUACGAGGCCGGUUUCUGGACCACAGCGGCCCCCGAUGGUGACAACCUUUGGGUUUUCGAGAUCUUAGCCGAGACUCUGACCAGCGGAUCCAUCAACCUCGGUUACCCCACUUUGUUCCCUCCCACGUUCAAGGGAAGACAGAAUGGCUUGACUGUGGAUCUGUCGGAAGCCCUUGUCGAUCUCAGCCCCCAGUUUCUCAGGUUUCCUGGUGGCAACAAUCUAGAGGGAGGCGGCCCGGACGACCGAUGGAAGUGGAACGAGACACUCGGUGCUCUGGAAUCCCGGCCAGGUCGUUGGGGUACUUGGGGAUAUGUCAACACUGACGGUCUUGGCCUCAUGGAGUACUUCCACUGGUGCGAAGACAUGUCUAUGGAGCCUAUCUUGGAUUUCGUCAUCGGUGACAUCAACACUUCUGGGGGUGCACUUCGCGCUUCUCUUGGGCAUCCGGAGCCAUACCAACUCAAAUUCGUCGAGAUUGGAAACGAAGACAACCUCGCCGGUGGCUGUGAAUCUUACAAGCAACGAUUCGUGCAAUUCUUCGACGCCAUCAAGGAGGCAUACCCGCAACUCACCAUCCUCACAUCCACGUCCGACCGCAAUUGCCUGCCAGACCCGAUCCCCGAGGGCGCAUGGCUCGACUUCCAUGACUACAACGUCCCGGAGAACUACAUCAAUGCAUUCGACUUUUACGACGACUGGGACCGCGCUCAUCCCGUUUUCAUCGGCGAGUACGCCAGGUGGGGCGUCAAGUGGUCUGAUAUGAGAGGUGCCUGUUCUGAGGCGGUCUACAUGAUGGGAUGGGAGCGCAACGCGGACGUGAUCAAGUUAGCUGCCUAUGCGCCCACACUGCAGAACUACGACCCCGUUAACGGCCAAUGGACUCCCAACCUCAUUCCAUUUACCAACAAGCCUGAUGGCAUCGUCUACACGCCAUCGUACCAUGUUAAGAAGAUGUUCGCCACUAAUCAUGGCGAAGUUGUUGUCCCUGUCAAAGCUGAUGUGGAGGUCAAUCCAGAUGGCCAAGCCAUUGUCAAGCUUGCUAAAUACGCUUCAAACUCGACUGAGGUUCGCAUUCAGGUCCCUGGUAAGGCGAGCUUGAAGGCUUCUUUCACUUCCAUCACUGCCGGCCCAGACGACGCCAACUCCGUCGAAAACCCUAAUGUCAUUGCUCCACCCGCUGUACUCAAUAUCUCUGGAGACGACGAAGGAGUUUUCACUGUUGAACUGGGUCAGUUUGGCGUUGGAGUUCUGGUGGUAUAG